AAAGGUUGUUUUUUGGACUCGAUAGAAAGAAGGAGAGCGUCCUUCUUCCCUUAUUGAUAUUUUUUUUUUACAGGCAUCUUGGAAAACAUUUAUCAGACAUUGGCUCGUUUUAUUCGUUUUAUUAUAAAAAUCAUCCUUAUUCAUGGCAACACUGGAGCCCAACACUUUGCUUUUGUUUUCGUCUUCCACUUUCUCUAUCAGCGCAAUCGAGUCUGGACGUGUAAAGGGAAUGCAAGUUAUUUCCCCGUUGCCUUUGCCCUUGAAAAACUAAGUCAGCCAUGAGCACAGUGAAUGGUCUCGUUCCCGCGCAAAAUCAACCGGGCAUUGAGUUAAGGCGAAAAGAUGAAGAAAGGGGGGAAGAAAGCGAGCUUCUGCAGGAAGAAGCCCCUCGCGCCGCCGCCGCCGCGGAGACAAGCAGCUUAAAACCACUUUCUUCAAUUAUUUUUUGGAAAUGCAAACUCUGGAUGGUUCUAACAUCUGUUUUUUUAGUGUUGAUCUUUGUGAUUGCUUUAAGUUUAAUUUUGUAUUCAGUGGUUCACAUAGAUGAAGAUGAAUAUUGGGAUCCUGAGUUAAUUGCAAGUGGUAAACAACACAAUUUCUCUGGAAUAGUAAACAUUAAAUGUCCAAACCCUAAUGUGUAUCUCUCAGAGUCUGCAUAUGAUGUGUUUGCUAAAAAUCUUAAUAAAAGGCUUAAGGAUGUAUACAGUUACUCACCUGCAUUGGGAAGAUAUUUUAUCUCAUCUGAAGUUAUUUCCUUCAGUAGAGAAAACAAUACAGCAUCAUACAACUUGCAAUUUUUGGUGCCACCUGAGAGUGCUGACUUCAUGAAGUAUAGAAUGAGUAAAGAGUUUGUAAUGAAUAUUUUAAGACAAAAUAUAUAUGACAAGCAAAACAUCUCUGACUUGGAUAUACCUGAAUGUACAGAUAUAAUACUUGACCCAUCUUCUGUUACAAUAAAAUUAACAUAAACCAUCAAUACGGGAGGAAGAACUGAAUGCAGAUUUCAAGAGUGACUUGAAGGACUCCUCUGAUCUUAUGAAUUUUUUAUAUUGCAACAGCAGAAAAAUAUGACAAUAUGACAAAAUAUGACAAAUUCAAAUUUAGAACAACAGUAUAAACCCCUUGAACAGCAAUCAGAGCAUAAUAUAGUACCAGAAACUGAAGCAACAAUUUUGAUAAGAGGACAAAUGUUCCAUAUCUCAGAUAAGUAAAAUCCUAUUCAGUUUAAAGACUCCUUUUUUGGUGAAAUAAUAAGAAGCACAUUUUCUUAAUUUUUCUGAAAUCUACAAAAAAGUGUAUUUAAAGAAAAAAACCAAAAACACCUACAAUUAUAUAGAAAUAUUGCUUUUAUUAUUGCUUAUUAUUUUUGUUACAAUAUUUUUGUUAUGUCACUUUGAGAAUGUUGGAUUUAAUAAUUAAUAACAAAAUUGAUUACUAGUCACACUAAUUCUACCGAAUAAAAUACAGUAGGAAUGGACCAAUCUGUCAGUUUUACUUUCAUUUGUAUACAUUUUACAGUAAUUCCAAUUUCUUUUGAAUGAAGAAAAUGGUAAUUCCCUAGGAAAUAUAGCUAUCUUUAAGUUAUAUAAUUCUGAAUUGUUUGUAUCAGACAGAUUAUUAGGAACAAGUCAUUUUUUCUUUGGAAAGACCUUUUUUAUCUUCUUCCUAUUAAUGUUAACAAUUAAGAGCUUUGUUUGCAAUUUUUUAAAAGUGAAAACUCCCUAAUUCAGCAAUAUAAAUAUGAUUGUAUGCAAUAUGUGCAAAUAUUUAAAGUCUGAAACAAAUAAAGCCUUCUGUUAGAAUUGAAAGAUAUGCCAGUUUUGCUUUUGAAUCUUAGAUGACAUUUUGGUAACAACUGUAUCUUUGAAAAAAAAUUCAUUGAAAUAUAAAGUAUACUUUGAUUUUUUUACGUAGCAACUUUUUAAAAAUCAAAUGCUAUUUUAACUUUUCAUAUAAAAAUAGGAAAAUAUUUUAAAAGUCAUUAGUUAAAAUUGAGUUUUGCUCCUGCAUUCUGAACUAUUUGAAACUGAAAGAUACAUAGGAAAAAUUAUAAGGCGUAGUGGUUGUCUCCUAAACAAGUAACACUGUAACCAAAUUCAGUAUUCCUAGAAAAGGGCAAAUUACCCUCCUACCUUGGGUGUGCAUUACUGAACAUUGCCAAAAUCUCUCAGUCUGGGUUUAUGGUUCAAUCUACCAUAGGAAUGUCCACAAACUACAAACAGUAUCUCUAAGGGAAGAUUCCACAUUCCAUAUACUCAUCAGAUUGACUCUGCAAAAGUUGUUGUUGGCAUUGCAAGAUUUAGGUCCUCAAAAGUAAGAUUAGGUGUCCACAGCAAUCCCACCAUCUUUGCAUCUGAAGAUGUUAAUAGUUUAAGUUCUCUGUGCCAAAGGGAAAAAAAUGGCCUAAUGGUUUCCCCAAUUGCAUGAAUAUUCCUUGAUUUUUUUUCCUUCGACAGUCAUGUAUUUUGUAUUCAUGUUUCUCUUGCUGUUCCCAACGUUGUGUGACUUUUCCCAGCUAUUGCUGGGAAGUGAUAUAAAGCCUGUCUUCAUGACUCUGUUAUAUCAGUCUGGAAAUCUUUGGAUGACAACAUUAAUUGCUGCUGAAAAACUGGGUUCUCUUUCUAUUCAGGUCUUAUGUUUGUAUCUGGUUUUGUAACUGGUUUUGUAUAUCUGUGUUUGCUUUUACUUUAGUUCUCUCUUAUAUUUCCUCAAGUAAAUAAACUUUGAACCUUUAUUCAGUAAA